AUGUACUUGACAGGACAGCACAAUGUAGUACCGGAGCAACCGCUGGUUGAGAACACUACCGAUGUUGCUCUUGCUUUUAUGCGUUCUGACAUCUUCAACACUCCAAAGCAACGCGACUGGCCGCUAUUCACCACUAUCGAAGAAGUGAGACCAAAGUUCUCUAAGGGGACAAUCAUUCAGGUUGCGAUUGGUGGGUGGGGAGAUACAGACGGCUUCUCGAGAGCAGCGAAGACGGAAGAAAGCCGAAAGCUUUUUGCUAGCAAUGUCAAAGCUAUGCUUGACGCGACAGGCGCUGACGGCAUCGACGUAGACUGGGAAUACCCGGGCGGCAACGGCGAAGACUACAAAACACCCGGUCACCUCAACAGUGACAAAGCUUGGGAAAUCGAAGCUUAUCCCAAACUUCUUGCCGAGAUUCGUUUCGCUGUAGGCCCAGAGAAGACUAUUUCAGCAGCUGUCCCCGGUCUCCCACGCGACAUGCUAGCCUUCACCCCUUCCACCAUACCCUCCAUUAUAGAGUCCGUCGAUUACUUCAACAUCAUGACAUACGACCUCUUCAACCGUCGUGACAGUGUAACGAAACAUCAUACCGGAAUCCGGAAUUCUCUUGAAGCUAUCGACGCGUAUCUAAAUGCCGGUGUACCACCCGAGAAAGCGAACCUCGGGUUGGCAUUCUACAUCAAAUGGUACAAGACCGCUGCAAACUCAACGUGCGGUGUCGAUCCUAUCGGUUGUGCGACGGAACUCAUGGAAGACCCCACUACAGGCGCUGAUCUAGGUAAAGCCGGUGCGUUCUCGUGGCAUGACGCUGUUCCUGAAGAACUCUCUGCGUCUUAUGAGCGUGCAAUGGAGAAAGGUAUUUAUGAUGAGGUUGGUGGUGGACAUUAUUAUUGGGAUAGUGAAGAGGAUUUGUUCUGGACGUGGGAUACGCCUGAGGCUAUCGGGCGAAAGGUGCAGGUCAUCAUGGAGAAGAAGAAGCUUGGAGGCAUUUUUGCAUGGGGUUUGGGUGAAGAUGCGCCGGCGUUCAAGCAUUUAGGAGCGAGCAAUGAGGCGAUGGCAGCAUUGGAGAAAAAAGAGAUCGAGAGAGACAUAUUUGGUGAAAGGAGUGAGCUCUAG